CGGUUUGCUGGGUGGAAAAUAGUGCUAACCCAUUACUCUGGCCAGUAACUUGACGCUGGCGUGCUAUAAAAUAAUAUUGGAAAAGUGCGAUUUUGGGAUAAUAAUCGCCUAAAAUGCAAACUGUUUUGGAAGAUCAUGGAAUUUUGUGACAAAACGUGAAAGAAAUAAGAUCGAAAGAAUGAGUACAACUUUCCAGGCGCGAAGAUCUGCGAAAUAAAAAUACCGAAUACUUGUACAAGAAUUGCCGGUUAUGCUCCUAACACUUCGAAGACUGCAUGUUUACUAAUAGUCAAAAAAGGCAAAUAAAUCCUGCAGCAAAGCCCAUGAUUUUCGACAUUCCAAACAAACCACCAACUGUACGUCAAAAGCGACGAAUUCUACGAAGGAAUACCACCGAUAUUGCCACUAAAGGUAAUUCAAUUAUUUUUAUUUUCUUAAGUCCUUUAGAGCAUAAUUUUUGUGCUGUGUUCUUUUUUUCAGCCAAGAGACAGAAGCUGAUAAGAAAAUCGAAAGCAACUGAAGUUCAAGAAAGUGUUUGUGAUAGCCCUGAUCAAGAAAUAAUGGAAACUGACGAUACAACGGAAAAGCAAGGGCACCAAGAAAAUUUGUCACGAACAAGAACAUUAGAUUUCUGUUGUCAAACCAGCACUAGCCUCACCAACAAUACACCAAGGAAAAAAAAGCAAAAAAUGGUGAUCAGAUCUAAACAAGGAAAAAUCAGGAGAUUGAACACAAAAUUGAACAAGAUAGUGAAGAACAAGGCAACACAUCAACAAGUACUAGAAAAUGCUCUCAAGAAACUGCCUGAUCAUUUGGCAAAUUUUGUAAGAACACAGAUAAAGUUACAUAUAGCCAAGAAAAAAGGAAGACGAUAUUCAUCUGAAAUGAAAUCCAUGGCAAUUUCUUUGUACCAUGCAAGUGGGAAAGCAUAUCGGCUGUUGUCAAAACUGUUUAUUUUACCAAGCAAGACCUCUCUUCGAAAUUACAUAUCUAGAGUACCAACAGAAACAGGGAUAUCACAGGCCACAGUCAAUACUCUAUAGCAGAAAGUUUCUCAGAUGGAUCCAAUGGAAAGGUUGUGCACUUUUUGUAUGGAUGAGAUUUCAAUCUACAAUACAGCAUUCCCAAAGAUAGAGUCCUUGGUUUAGAAGAUUUUGGUUCAGGAUUCCGAACAAACAAGGUGGCAACUACUGCAAUGGUUCUAUUGACAAAAAGUAUUUCUGGUAGGUGGAAACAGCCUCUUGGUUAUGUGCUUGCCAAUGGAGGAUGCCCAACUGAAAUUUUGGAAGAUGUUCUUUAAGAGGCCCUAGACAAAUGGGAGCAAAUUGGUCUAAAUGUAUUGGUGGUAAUAUCCGACAUGGGUUCCAAUUUUCAUAGUUUUGCCAACCGUUUGGAAGUAACCCCUGACAAACUGUGGUUUACUUAUAACAAAAGAACUUACCAUCUCAUGUUUGAUCCCCCUCAUCUAAUGAAGUGUGUUCGAAACAACCUGAUGAAAUACACCUUUAAGUUUGAUGGCCUUGCUGCUUCGUGGAAUGAUAUUGAACAAUUUUAUAACAAAGACAGUUCACUUCACACAAGGCUUGCACAUAAAUUAACGGACAAACACAUCCACCCAAAUAAUCUUGACAAAAUGAAAGUCAAAUAUGCCACUCAAGUUUUAAGUUACACUGUGGCCGCAGGAAUUUGUACAUAUGUGAGUAUGGGUGGUCUUCCUUCCUCUGCAAUUGGAGCUUCAGAAUUUGUUUCCAAAUUUGAUUCUAUUUUUGACUGUGUAAACAGUUCCAUGUUGCAAACGAGUAAAAAACUUAGAUGUGCCAUCAAUGAAAAAUCAUUCCACAUUGAAUUUCUGAAGGAAAGCAUCAAUUUCAUCAAAAAAUUGAAAGUGUUCCAAGGGAAUAAAGAUGUCACUGGUAGAGUUAAGUGUCUGCAUGGCUGGUUAGUGACACUUAAAGCCAUCAUCUCGAUAUGGGAAACAUUACGAUCAGUGCAUCAGUUUAAGUUUUUUUUACCAGACGACUAAAUACUGACCCACUAGAAAAUUUUUUUGGUACUAUUCGUCGCCAGGGAGGCAAUAGUGAUAACCCCACUCCAACCCAAUUUAUGCAAGCAUUUAGAAAGCUUUUCUUCAGUUCCCUUCUAACCUCUUCAUCUGGAAAUUGUGAAAACGACCUUGAUUCUAUGCUGGUUGAGUAUUCCAAAAAUGUUGCAAAGAAUAAAGUCAGCCAGAAGAAAACGGUUCAAGUCUUUCCACCUCCGCAACCACAAAUUUUAGCAAUUGGUCCUACUGACUACAAGGAGCCAAAUGUUGUUACUAACAUAAUGAGGGAAAAUGCCAUUGCAUAUGUGUCUGGUUUUCUUCUAAUGAAGGGUUUCAAACUCCACUCUUGUCUGAAAUGCACCAAUGCUCUUUCAUCUACAGAACUGGAUGAUAGCAGAAAGUUAUUCUGCCACUUUAAAGCAUUCGAUGAAAAGAAAUCUGAUUUAGGAGGACUACAAUCACCAUCUUCUCCUUAUCUGGAAUACAUCAUCAAACUUGAAGACACAUUUAUUAAGACGUUUUCUGUCUACACAAAGAGCGAAGGUGUUGGUCGAAGUAUAUUAGACACCGUCAAGUCCAUACCAAAGGAAUUUGAUUACUGUACGGAAUUCCCAUUUGAGUUCUUGCAGAAACUUUUUGUAAGAAUGCGCAUUUAUUACGACAUAAAAUUUGCGAACCGCAUAUUCGCAACAACUAAAAAGAAAGACAGAAAGUACAUUAAAGUCACACACCUUUGAGGGCUUUGUGCAUAUAAUUUUUUGUCUUUUAUAAAACUAAAUUGAAAACAAAAGCUUUUUAUAUCACAAUAAUAUAUUUAACAUGUAAUACAUCCAAGUUCAUUGAGGACUUGUGAACCUCAGAACCUGUUCAAGCUUUCCGACUGAAUUUCGCUAUAAAUAUAUUAAAUAAAUGCAUUUGUUACAUGAUAUAUACAAAA